GAAAAAAGCUUACUUCCUCUUAUUAAAACGCAGAAACCCAGAUGAGCACUAGAGUCUGAUACAGAAAACCCAAAGCCCUAAAGAGCAGCGAAGAAGAAGACGAAGAAGCUCAGCAAUCGAAUAUGAGUCGCGGUAGUGGUGGAGGAUACGACCGUCAUAUCACGAUCUUCUCACCCGAGGGUCGUCUCUUCCAAGUCGAAUAUGCGUUUAAGGCUGUGAAGUCUGCCGGGAUUACCUCCAUCGGUGUCCGAGGGAAGGAUUCAGUAUGUGUUGUGACUCAGAAGAAAGUCCCGGACAAGCUUUUGGAUCAGUCUAGUGUCACUCAUCUCUUCCCCAUUACGAAGUUCCUAGGGUUGCUGGCUACUGGCAUGACAGCGGAUGCAAGGACCCUAGUAUCACAAGCAAGGAAUGAAGCUGCUGACUUCCGAUUCAAAAAUGGAUAUGAGAUGCCUGUAGAUGUAUUGGCUAACUGGAUUGCAAACAAAUCACAAGUCUAUACACAACAUGCUUAUAUGAGACCACUGGGAGUAGUUGCUAUGGUGUUGGGUGUUGAUGAAGAGACCGGACCUCAACUCUAUAAGUGUGACCCAGCUGGUCAUUACUUUGGUCAUAAGGCCACAAGUGCUGGAUUGAAAGAACAAGAGGCAAUUAAUUUCUUAGAGAAGAAAAUGAAGAAUGACCCUUCCUUUACUUAUGACGAGACUGUGCAGACUGCCAUUUCUGCACUGCAAUCAGUUCUGCAAGAGGAUUUCAAGGCCACAGAAAUUGAGGUUGGAGUGGUGAGUAUGGAGAAUCCCGCUUUUAGAGUGUUGUCCACUGAAGAGAUUGAUGAGCACUUGACAGCCAUAAGUGAGCGAGAUUGAUUCCUGGGGCAAAACCUGAUACUGUCUGGAGGGUUGCUUUUCAUUGUGAUAAAAUGCCGGAUGUUUUUCUGUCCCCCUUGCAAUAUCAUAUGCUUCUUUUAAACGUUAAACAAUUGCUUAAGCAGUUUGCCUGGGAUGUUUAACACACCUUCUAUAUCUCUUAUUAGCUGAAAUUACUACAGUUGAAUUGCGGUGUUUCCCAAAAAGCCUUGUAUUCACGGGAUAUCUAUUUCCAUAAUUGUUUUCAAUUUUCAUUGUCAAAU